AUGAUGGUUGUUAACUCUCUCCCCCCUCACCUCUGGAACUCUCUCCCCCCUCACCUCGGGAACUCUCUCCCCCCUCACCUCGGGAACUCUCUCCCCCCUCACCUGUGGAACUCUCUCCCCCCUUCACCUCGGGAACUCUCUCCCCCCUCACUUCGGGAACUCUCUCCCCCCUCACCUCGGGAACUCUCUCCCCCCUCACCUGUGGAACUCUCUCCCCCCUCACCUCGGGAACUCUCUCCCCCCUCACCUGUGGAACUCUCUCCCCCCUCACCUGUGGAACUCUCUCCCCCCUUCACCUCGGGAACUCUCUCCCCCCUGUAA